GCGCACACAUAAUACAAAGCGCGAACUUGAGCCGGGAUGUCACAACUUGCUGCUGCUAUAUAUACCUCGCCGGAGAGAACAGGAGCAUAGUCGAACAAGACUUCACUCCACAACUCCUCCUCACCAACAAAAAUGGCCUUUAAGUUCAUCAUCCUCGCAUGCGUGGUGGCUGUGGCCCGCGCCGGUGUGGCUCCAGCUGUAGCUGCUCCCCUCGUCGCGGAGCCUGUCGUAGCAGCUGCACCUGUUGCCGCCAGGCUGGAGGAGUUCGACCCUCUCCCGCAGUACAACUUCGGAUACAACGUGGCUGACUCCCUUACUGGCGACUACAAGAGCCAGACCGAACAGCGCAAUGGAGACCUGGUGCAGGGCCAAUACUCUCUGGUAGACUCUGACGGCACCCGCCGAGUGGUCGACUACACUGCGGACUCAGUGAACGGUUUCAACGCGGUGGUGCGCAAAGAACCUUUGGUAGCUGCAGCUCCCGUAGUGGCUGCGCCAGCUCGUCUCGCAGCUGCUCCGGUCGCUGCCGCCGUCGCUGCUGCUCCAGUUGCUGCUGCUCCCGUGGUCGCUGCGCGCUACACCGCGCCCGUGGCUUACACUGCCGCGUACACUGCCCCCGCGGCCCGCCUGGCGUACAGCGCGCCAGUAGCCGCCGCCUACACCGCACCGUUCGCCCGGUACGCCGCUACACCAUUCGCGUACCCCGCUGCUGCACCUGUUGUAGCGGUCUAGACAUCUAUUUUCCGGUUCCUGAUGACUGACAACAAUGGCCAAUAAAUUUUUUACGACAUUAAA